AUGGAGUUGAGUGUCGCCGCUCAGCCGCCCCUGCGCCUUGCCCCUUGCCACCUUGUGGCGCUCUUGCCCUCGCCCUGUCACCCUUUGCACUGCCGCCUUCUGUCCCAUCGCCCGCCCUUCCUCCGACCUCCCGUUCGUCCCGCUCCCUGCAGCCUCUCACCCCAUCUCCACAUGCACAUGCCCUCGCGCACGCGCCACUCGCUUUCCUCUCAACAAACGCACUUCGAGUCCCUCUCAUCCCGACCGCGCCCACUGUCGUUUCCCCGCGCCCCAUCGUCCAGAUCCGACGGUCCGAUUCCUCCGCGAGUCGCUGGAGCGCGCCGGGUGGUGGUGUGUGCGAACCACGUGGGGGGGCAGGACGAGGUGGACGUGGUGGUGGCGCACGAGCUCGUGCACGCCCUCGACCACUGCCGCGCUGCCAACCUGCACUGGCCUGAUCUCCAACACCACGCCUGCAGCGAGAUCCGAGCGGCCAACCUGAGUGGGGCGUGCCACAUGCACCGCGAGUUCAACACGAGGGGGUCUGACUUUGUCUUCCGCAACGGCCACCCGGCCAGGGUGGUGGGCGGCUGUGAGGCAAGGGGCGGUGAGGCGAGGGAGGGUUGCAGCCACCUGAUUGCUCUCUCGCACCUCAUGCCUGCUCCCUCAAUCUCCCAUGUGGGCCGUCAAGCGUUAACUGUCUCGUCUUUUCUCUCUCUGUUGGCUCUCCCCCUCUCUUGCUGCUGCAAGCAGCAGUGUGUGCGGCGCAAGGCGCAGCUGUCCGUCGCCAUGAACCCCUUCUGCUCCCAUGCUGAUGCUGAUGCUGAUGCUGGGGCCCCCUCUGCCGCUACCACUGCCGCCACCACCGCCAACGGCAGCAGCGCCAAUGGAAGCUGCAGUGGCAGCGAGGCGUCUAGCAGCAGCAGUGCGGCGUGCAUGGCUCGGGCGCGGGCGGCAGUGGAUGCGGUGUGGGACGUGUGCUACCAGGACACCACUCCCUUCGACCGCAUCCCAUGA